AUGGUAUCGAAUUUUAGUUCAGAAGAACUGUGCUUAGCUGCAGAAACAUGCUUGAUAAAAUCAGGAAAGAGAACUGCAGCUCAAGUUAUGAAAUUGGCAAUUAAAUCUUCGCCCAAAGGACUAAAAAAAAUGAAGGUGGUAAAUGAUGCACCUUCUGCGACUGUAAUACCGUACAACCCUGAAGAAGCUUUAGGUCUUAUGGUGGAUCUUGGGUUAACAAAGGAAGAUUACACCACGAUGCGACUUGGAGCAAAAGAUAUUUAUCCCUCAUAUGAUCUAAUAGCAGAGGCAAAAAAUAAGUGUUAUACUGCAAACAUCAAAUAA